UAGGCAUUUAGUACCAUAAUAAAAUGGCAGAUCAUGGGGGAGAUGUGGUCAGCACCUUGCACGGGAAUGCUCUUUCAGAAUAAUGCGUCCCCUAUUCUCUUGAGCCAAUUGGUUAACCCUUGGGUUUUAUCCCAGAACGUUGUAAGGUCUCCCUUUUACCGGCGUCCGGGUGGGCGAACGGCGAGCAGGGAGCAUGAGGGACGUGGUCGUCACAGCUCGUCAGAAUCCUCGAUACAGCGCCCAAGUGUUGGCCCUGCAGUCCGCAAAAAUAUGGCUAUCAUCCUGGAUUUACCUUCGGCGGUUGGCCCAUGAGGUUUUGUGCGUCGCGGAGCCCGACGCCUUUCACCGCCAUCUUGGCAUACUACGACUUGUGGUGCCAAGAUACCCAUGUUUCAGCCAGUACAAACAGCGGAAUACACUCUUCGGCGGGUUGUUGUACCUGGCGCUGCGACCGCACCUCGUGCUUGCGUCCUACGCGCUCCUUUCAUGGCAUACUGUUGAGGAAUUGUUUACAGGGUUGGUCGUCUUCACCAACGCAUUGUUUUGCCUGAUAACUUUCCUUGUGCCGGGCUUCUGGCGCCAUCCCCUGGUCCAGCGCCUGCUUAUGGAGAUGCCGAUGUUAGCGUACAGCAUCUUGCCUCUGCUGGCAUUAUUGGUGCCAGGACGUCAAGGCGUGCCCUCCGUGCUCGCGGAGCAGAUACCCCACCGACCAGUGCACAUAAUGAGCUUCACUAUGUGGGCGGCUGAUUUCUCCACCGUUGCAGUUGGGGCCGGGGUUUGCGUGGCGUGCACCAUCGCCACCAUGGCCCUGCUGCAACAGCAGCAAGUGCCAACCAACUACCAACCGUCAGCAGUUGCUGUACACUUGCUGCUUGCGUCGCUAUUCGCACUGGUCUGGGCAGCCGUGCGGGAUGGCCUGCUGCCGCUGGCCGCCCUCAUGCGGCACUGCAGCGGGCGGCGGCGGUGGCUCAUGCGGCGUCUUGGAAUGUCAUGGAGCAGCCAUGCAGCCCCCGGGGGGUCAGGGAGGGGGGUGCAGCCUGCGGACAAGCGCGACGCAGCUUUGGUGGCAACAACGGGUAAAGUACGGAGCACAAAGGAGCUCAUGGCUGGCGGAGAGGCGCCGGGGAGUGAGGGAAAGGGUACAGUGGCGGUUGCUUGCUGCCGCCAGCGCCGAAGGCACCGUACGGAGCUGCCGCUGGUUGACUCGGCGCUGCUGUACGACCUGGGAGCCGUAGCAGCUGGGCCAGAUGCAGCCACAGCAGCAACCAUGGGUGACUGGGCGAUGAUCGGGACCGGGAAGCUCGUAUCGCUUGGCGACAUGGGCUUUACCUAUCCACUCCAGCGGCUGCAGCAGCAGCAGCAGCACGUGCCGUCCUACUGCCUGACCUUGUCCCCCUGGGCGCGCCAGAAACCCAGCCGGGUGAUGUCCUACCUCCGCGCGGGGGCAUUUCCCAGCAGCCAUGCCUUCCUGCCUUGGGGCUCCAACCCACAUCACAGCUCGCUGCAAGCCCAGGGGCCGGGCUGCCGGAAAGAGGAGGAGCCCGAGCUCGGAUUUGGGCCCAGGAAGGAUCGCGGGGUCGUGGGCGUAGAGGGUGCAAUGUGCAUGGGCAGCAUGGCGGCGGCGGCGGCAGCACAGCGACCUCGGAGGCGCUUUGCUGCCAGCUAUCCCCACGGCGUCUUGAGGAUUCGCAUUGAUGGCGCCUAUCCGGAGGACUUAGCGCCCAACUGGCAGGAGGAAGUGUGCUCGCACUUCAGGGAGAUGUUGCCGGAGCGCUGCCUUGUUACCGGCCUUGUCGUGCGGCGGGGCAGCAUACACGUCACGGUCUCGUUCGCACAGCUGCCGCAUGCUCGCGACGACGACGGGCCUCCUGCAGCUGGGCCUCCCGCUGCAGCGGAAGCAGCAGCAGGAGCCGCGGGCCCUGUAGCCGAGGCAGCAGCAGGACAGGCGGCAGCAGCCAACGCUGCUGCUGCUGCUCCUGAUGCCCCCGAUGAGGCGGCCGAGGGGCGGCCCAUGUUAGUAUCCGACGGCCCUGGCGGCUCACGGGGCCUAAGCCUCCCCUCAUUGCACCACGGACGCAACCCUCACGAUGGCGAGGGGCGUGGAGGAGAUGACGGUACGCCGUCACUGACGGAUGACAGUCCUCAAGUUGCGAGGCUGUCUGCAGCCCCCGGUGCCUUUGGCGGCGCGACCGCGCCCACCGCCACUGCGGCAGCUGCAUCAUCCGCAGCAGCAGCAGCCACAGCAGCAGCCGCAGCUAGAGGGCCACCGGGGAGUGCCUCCUCGCCAAGUCCGAGUGCGUCCCCGGGAAGCGGCAGCGGCUCCUCGUUUGGCGGGAGCUCGGCAUCGCGUCGCGGCUCGCGGUAUCCGCAGCGGCAUCAUUACUACCCGCCCCAGCACCGGCAGCAUUACCGCCCGCAGCAGCAGCAACAGCAACAGCACCGCCACCAGCAGGCCCAGCAGCAGCCCCAGUUGCAGGCCCAGCAGCAGCAUCCCCAGCUGCAGCAAGCUGCCACGCUCCUGCAGGAGUCCAUCAGUAAUCGCAUGCAGCGGGGAGGCGCCCUGUCACCGCACUCGCAUUCACCACCCAGCCAUGGUCUGGAGGGCACGGUCUGGGGUGCUGGCAUUGGCGGAGGAGGUAGCACCGGCGGAGGAGGCAGCGCAGCCAUGUUUGGCGGCGCCCGGGGCUCAAGCAACGGGCAGAAGCAGAGUGACAGCACCACAGUGUCUGGCUUGCGUGUGCUAGCAGCAGGAGGCGGCAGCGUGGACAACCCGCCUCGAUCCGUGGAAACACCCAUCCCUGAGGCACACACCAGCAGCAUCACUUCACCCCUCACAUGGAGCUCCUACCACCCCAGCUCGCAAAUCCACAGGCGAAACACAGCCGCCGCUGGCUCCUCGCCCCUCGGCUCGCCCUCCGCCUCGCAGCUGCUGCUAUCAGGCGGGGACCUAGCGCACCUGGCGCAGCUGCCGCCGGGCGUGUUCUCGCCGCCGCACUGCCGCCGCCGCAUUACCGGCGUCUGGCGCCCCGACCGCCUCACCACGCCCGCAUGCGCCGGCUCCAGUCCCGUGUCGACACCCGGUAACAGCAACAACCCGUUGGACUUGCUGGAUACGGUCGCGGUGGCGGCGGCGGCGGCCGCAGCGGCAGCAGCUGCGCCAGCGCCGCCUGCGUCACAGCCCCCUGAGCAGCACGGCCCAUCUGCUAGCGCUGCAGCUGCUGCUGCUGCUUCCGAUGGCGAUGGCGCUGCGGCGCCCUCCGCCACCGCCGCUGAUGCCGCCGCCGAUGCCGCGACAACAGCAUCCGCUGAGGCUGCGACAACAGCCAUGGGAGGUGCUGCUGCUGCUUCUGCUGCCGCCAGCUCCGGCCUUCUCGGAGCAGGAGGUAUCAAUGGGGGCUACUUUCCCAUGCGCUACACGCCCAUGCUGUCGCCCGCGCAGCAGGCUACCCUGUACGGCAACACCACCACCACCACCCAGUCCUCCCUCUCUAACGAGAUGUACCUGCUGUGUCGGGGUUCCACACGCACCGGCGGCAGCAUCGGCACAGCAUCCAUGCAGGUUGCGCAGCUUUUGGAUGGCAUGCAGGUUCGGAGCCAUGACGCCGUCACAGGCGGGACGGCGCGCGGCCAGGCGGGCGGUUCUGCUGCUGGUGCUGCUGCUGGUGCUACCGGGGGUAGCAGCACGCCUAGGCUCUUAUCCGCGGUGUGCCAGCUGGAAGGCAGCUUGCCGCUGCAACUGCGGCAGGUGGUGGGCGCGGGCGGAGGCUGGGCGGCGGAUGAAGGGCCGGAUAGCAGCUGGGAGACGGAGGGUCUGUACAUGCCGCCGCUGCAGCCGACUGCUGGCGGGGUGCCGCCGCUAGCGUCACACUCUGCAGCAGCAGCAGCAGCAGCUCAGCACGUGCAUCAAAUGCAGAUGCUGCAAUUGCAGCAGCAGUUGCACACGCAGCAGAUGCAGCAACAGCAACACCUGCAGCAACAGCAACAGCUACAAAUACAGCAGCAACAGCAGCAGCUGCGUCGCAGACCGGAUGAGAUCUCACCGACGGCUGCUGCGGGUGCGGCGUCCGGGUUAUGGGUUCUGCAGGACCUGCUCGCCUCCACCCCAGAGUCCUCACCCCAGCAGCCGCAGGCACAACAGCUGCAGCCGCCCCAUUCCGUGGGCUCAGCGGCCGGCCUGAGCCCCCUGCAACAGAUCCUUUUGGGUCAGUCGCAAAUACAAUCCUCCUCCACGGCGGCGUCACCGGCGCCGGCACCAGCGCCAGCGCCAGCGCAGCAUUACUCGCCGGCGACUGCAGCGGGGGUCGCGGCUCCCGGGACAUCGCCCACCAUGCGGCUCUUUUGGGCCCGUGCGUCGGGAUCCUCCAUAAACACCACGAGCAACAGUUCCAACCUGCCAGGAGCAGCGGCGGGGGCGACUGGGUCGCGACCCACGGGUCUGCCGGUGCUUGCAAACCCCGGCGCGCUGCCCGUACGAGACGUGGUGGUGCAGCCGGUGCUGAUCUGCAAGGCGCCUUUGAUCUUUGCUGCUGCGGCAGGCCCACUUGCUGCCAGCAUCCCUCCAGCCAUCCCCGUUGCUCCCACAGUCCUCGCAGGUCCACAUGCAACAGCAGCCCUCGCAGCCGUCGCUCCUGCGUCAAUCACACCACCCGCCGCCGCGUCGGCUGCCCCUGCCGCAACCUCUGCCACAGCUCCCCCAUCGCCUGCGGUUUCGGAGCUUCAGAUCUCCCUGCUCUGCGCUCCAGCAACGGUUCCGGAGCUCAGUGUCAUGCUGCGCUACUGCGGCCCUGCCAGCGUGUUUGGCCAGCAGAUCUACCUGCCCGUACAGCUGCAGCUGGACUCGGCCUCCCCCGCUGUCGCCGCUGCCGUACGUCUGCAGGCCGCAGCCGUGGAACGCGAGCGCCGCGGCGACGCUGGGGACACGCAGGCCGCACGCGAUGUGACGGAAGACAUCUCCAUGUCCUCCCUAGCCAGGGGGCUGCUGCCCGCUCGCGCCACCGUCCGAACCGCCCUGUCAGAGCUUGCAUGCCCUGGGGUGCUUUACGUGGAGCUCUGGCAUGGACCGCAGCUGUGUUCGUGCCUGCCUGUGCUGUUGCUACCGGAAACCGCGUCUUCCUGGGCGCAUGAGAUUUGCUGCCUGUGGCAGCAGCAGGCGGAGGAGAGCGAGGCGGCGGCGGCCGCCGCCACCGCCAAUGACCCUGCCGUACAAGGUACGGCACGCUCGGGCGCUGCUGCCGUACUCGCUGCGGCGCAUCAGCUCGUUGAGGACUUGGGCGGGUGGCUUACCUACGCAGCGCAUAAGCGGUAUGCGGAGGAGAGGGCGGCGUUGGCUGCCGCUGCCGCGGCGGCGGGAGCUGCCGUUGGGGGAGCGGCGCAUGGCGGCCUGGGGGGGCCCGUGAGGCCCAUGCAGGGUGUUGCGGCUGCCGAGUCGUCCUCAACGCGACUGAGUGACGCGAUGCCUCUUUCGGAUGACUUGCUCCCCAGCCUACAGCGUGGGGGUGGCAACCGUACAGAAGGGGGCGAAGGAGGAGCUCAGCUGCAACACGCAGCGGCAGCUGGUUCCGUAGCACCUGCUGCCACCGUAACCGCAGCAUCCACAGCCGCAGCAGCUGCUGGUGCCAUGCUGCCGCCGCAGAACGCGAUGUCGUACGGUACGGCAUCGUACGGCAUGGCUGGCGGCGGCGGCGCCGGAGGCGGCAUGGUUGAUUGCGAUCGCGAGUUGUUCCAUGACAUGAUGCUGCAGGAGGGGUAUAACUGGCUGGCAGACUGCGUGGAGGCGGGCUACUGCGGCCUCGCAUGUGCGCUCAUGGACAGUUUACUAGCGGUUGGCUGUACGGCAGUUGAGGUUGUACGGACGUGUCGCUCGGCCGACGGUCUGCCGCUCAUGUACGCCGCCACGCUGUCUGGCAACCCCGCCAUGGUGCACUUGGUGAAUCAGUGGUCGCAGUUGACGGCGGUGGACAUGGGCUGGAUCCCCGUGGCGCUGCACAGGCCCGUCAUGCCAGCGGUGACGGAGGAUGAUGCGAUGAGCAGCAGCGAGGGAGUUGCGGAGGGAGCUGCGGAGGAGGCUGGGGGCGUAGCUGCUGCCACAGAGACCAUGGAGGUUACUGUGGAUGUGGAGAUUGACGGAGAAGAAGGUGAGGAUGGAAGCGAGGAUGCGCCGCGGGUUGCGGCGGUAGCUGAGCAGACUGUCGGCCUGGCAGUCGCUGCUGCUGCUGCAGCCCAAUGCGGCAGCGGAGCCGGCAAUGCCGUUGGCGGUUAUGGUGCCGACCUGGGCGACGUGCUGGCCUUCCCGGCCCUUGUCAGCAACGCCAGCAGACGCACAAGCAGCAGCGACGUUGGCAACAGGGUUGCCAUCCUCGGAGGUUACAUCAGCAGUACCGGCAGCAGCAGCAACGACAGCUAUGGCACCGGCGUAUCGGCAGAGAAUGCCGUGCAGCAACCCCCGGAUGCCCCCGCUGCUGCAGCCCCACGGUCUGAGUCAUCAUCAUUGCCUGGUGUUGUCGCGGCUGGCGCCACGUCAGCUGGUGAGUCCGCAUCCGGGAAUGCCACGGUAUGGGCUGCAUCUUGGCUCCACCCCAGCGCUGCCGCAGCACGUUCAGCUUCAAGCGCCGCGGGCAGUGCAGCGACUGCGAUCGCAUUCGCGGCUGCAUGCUGGGGCACGCGAACGGCGACGAAGCUGCGAGCUGCCAUGCAGGGGUCGCCCUCCUUGGCGCAGGCGGCGGCGGCAGCGGUUGCCUCCACAGCAGCGCCGGCAGCGGUUUCAGCGACCGCUCGCCGGGUACUGUCAGCGUGCAGCUACGUAGCGAGCUCACUGCGGGGGGUGGCUGUGGCUGCUUUGCAUGCUGCGUUGACAUCCUUGGCCGCAGCUGCGAUGGCCGCACGCAGUGCAAGGCGUGGUGGUGGCGGCUCCCUCGGCCGGACCGCUGGCCACACCCUCGUGGCAUCAGGAUCCGCGUCCUCUUCGUCAGCGCCACUGGUGAUGACGUCAGCCUCAUCGGAAGUUCAAGCGUCGGGGGUCGUACUGCGAGCAGGGGUGUGGGCGUUACGGAUGGGCGAGUGGGUCGUCAGCGAUCUUCACUUGCUGGCGUUGCGGGCAGGCACGGCCAUGCGGCUGAGGAGGCGUGCAGGCGCGGAUGAGGAGGAGGCGGAGAGCCGCUUCCUCAGCUACUACCAGCAGUCCCAUGCAUGGGUGUUCUCCGCCUGGUGCUGGUCGAUGGUGCCCCUCUACGCUGCCUCCGUGACCUCCCAGCUGCUCGCCCGCCAGUGGCGCUCCCUGGCGCUCUCUCCCCUUUCCAACUGGAUGUACAUCGGCUGUGCGGUUGCGGAUGCAUUGGGCGCGACAGCCGCCUACCGGGGCCGUAUCGAGGCCCUGUCAGCCACCAUGCAUCUGUGCCAUGUGGUGGCCAAGGUGUUUGGGAUUGGAGGGCUGCUGCCGUACCCCUCGGAGCUGAAGCAGCUGGUGUGUAUGGACGUGCUGGCCUGUGCCACCAUGUGCUCACUGUGCGAACCGGUCCGGCUCUGCGUCAUCUGCCCCCUGCGUCUCCUCAACUUCGCGGUCACCGCCGUACUGUACUGCAUGUACGGCUCAGCCUCCGUUUGGGAGGCCGUACUGCUGUCUGCCUCGUGCCACGGUCUGGGGGUGCUGUUGCAGCAUGCAGUGGAGAGCCACUACCGCCGGGGCUUUGCGGCAGCUCAGGCGAGUGGGGGAGCUACGGCGGCUGCUGACUCUGAUGACGGCACGGGCGCGAAUGGGUCUGUGGUUCUGGCACUGGCUGUUGCGGGUGCCAAGUGGACAGAUGCAAGCGGUGGUGGCCCGAAGGCAGGUGAUGAGACGGAUGGUGGUGGUGACAGCUGCAGUGGUAGCAACUGUAGCAACGGCGGGAAGGCUGGGGAAACCGCAACAGCAGCUGAAGCAGCAGUUGUUGGAAGCGGCAUCGGCAGCAGCGGACCGCCCGCGGCGCCGGAAGCAGCAGCAGCAGCAGAAGCAGCCGCGGCGGUUGUUCGUUUGCCUUCUUCGUCGUCUUUACCGGCGGAUGGCUUUGGCUGUCCUGGCGCCCUUCCUGAAGCGGACACGGUCCUUGGAACCGCCAGCUGUGCAUGCGCAGACGCGGUUUCCUCUAAUGCCGUCAGGACGUUGAGGGACGUCCUCAGCUCCAGCGCCUUGGUUGCUGCUGGGAAUGCGGCUGAGGAUGCGGCCGAAAGCCGUGCCGUUGCGUCUAGCAAUCCGGCUCUUGACUCCAGGGACGGGCAUGAAACGGCUCACAUGGACGGCCCGCAUGGGGUGGGUGGUAAUGAUGCCGGCAGCAGCAGCGGCGGUGGCAGCGACUCUGGGGGGGGUGCCGGAGCGUCGGGGCUUCAGCUGCUGGAGGCGGUGUGGGAGUCGCUGGAGGAGGAGAGCAUCAGCAGCGGUAUAGCAGCAGCUUGGCGCCAGCUGCAACAAGAGCGGCAGCAGCAAGCGUUGCAACCACAGCAGCAGCAGGAGGGACAAGCGGCCACCGCAACAGCCAUGGAAACCGGUCGUACAAUGUCAUCGCCCGCGAGCAGCGCUGUACUUUGUUGUCAGGAGCCGCAGCAGGUGACAGUGGAGGCGACUCUGGAGGUGCCGGUGCGGGCUGAGGAGGCAAGUGGUGAUUCGGAGCAGGCCCCGGAAGCGGACGGUGUGCAGCAAGCCGCCAUGGCGCCGCAGCAGCCGCGGCUGACACCACUAGAGGCAUUGCAGUCUGCGGUGCCGCCGCCGCAGCAGCUGCCCGAGCAGAACCCACAGCAGCAGCAGCAGCCGGAGCAGCUCCCCCAGCUGCCCCUGCAGCCGCCCCAUGCUGACCCCAUGCAGGCUAACUCGCAGGCCCCCAUGCAGCCUCGGACGCCCGAGCAGUCCCAGGCAGUGGAUCUGGAGGAGGAGGUGGAGGACCUGGCGGGCGCGGGGGCGGCAGGGCAAGCAGGCCUGAGUGCGGGCAGCAUGGGGGCUCAGGUAGCUGCGCCGCGCUGGCGAGGGCUGCAUCGUGCCACGCUGGCUAGUUCCUCUGAAGCCAGUAGUGCUGUGGGCAGUGGCAAUGUGGAGGGAGCCGCAGCGGCUGCGUUGGGCUGUGAGCUACGGCCCUCGUAUAGCACCGCUGCCGCCACCGCUGCAGCAGCAGCAGCAGCGAGUGCAGCUGCUGCUAUACGUCCCGUGGCCGUGCCCGCGACGCCUAGCGCCGCAGAUGGGGAGAUGAUCAGUCCUUUCGCCUCUAGUACCUACACCGGUCCUACAGGAGGCAGCAGCGCCAACGGGGACUUCACCGCUCCUGGGCCCUUCGGUUCGGGUGCCGGCGGAUCCGUCGUUAGCAACUGCAACUGUCAGGGCGACGUCAGCGACCGGGGGACCCGAGGGAUGAGAGGCCGCGGCAGCGUUAGCGGCUGUAGCAUCGGUACCAACAGCAGCAGCAGUGUGAGGUACGGCAGUAGUGGCGGCAGCAGCAGCAGGAGCAGUGGGCCGAGGCUGUGGGCGAAUCGUGCAGCGGGCUGGAUUAGUUCCGCGUUUCGGCGGCGUUCUUCACGCGGCAAGAAGGACGAACAUCAUCAGAAGCUGCAGCCGCAGCAGCUGGGGAGUGAGGGAAGCGAUCUGACCAAGGCGAGCGUUGCAACGCCGCCGACUCCCUCAGGCCGGGGCUUUCUGCGCAUGCGGCGGAUCCAUUCACAGGAGGUGCCGGCUGCUGCUGCUGCUGGGGAGGGCCCACGUGACAGGCUUGUUACUACACACUGGUAACUAUGGCCGGGCUUGAGCAUGGGGCGUGGAACAUGGGCGUGGUUUGGAAGUGUGGGUGGUUGCCAGAUGCAGUACGUAAAAGCGGCUUGAGGUUAGGAAGGAAGGUGCGGGCUGUGGUUAGUGCUGCGGCAUGGGUCACAUCGUGGGUCGGGUGGGCAUCCCCACCGGUAUGCAUUUCCGUUGUUUCAUGGGGUUCGCGUGAAAGGAGGGUAAUGGAAGUUUGAUGGUAGUGGUAUCGUUGGUUGGUUUUGUCUGUUAUGGUGCGGUAAGGCUGUAGGUUGCGAUGAAGAUGGUUGUUGUAUUAACGUAGAUUUGUGACGCACCAUUACCCCGGUUGCCUGAUUAUAGUCCUUUAGUCUUCGGUCCUGCUUCGCUAUGCUUGACAGGAUGUCUAGUUGCUUCAGAAGACGCUUAGCUUUGUUUAUUUGCGGGGCGUCGCCUUCGCUCUGGAAGCGAGAGGACAGACUACAGCGUUUACACAGCAUCUUGCGGCAUUUCAGUCGCGGCUACCGGAGCACUGGCGUGCUGUGUGGUUAACUGGAGACAGAGAGACGGGCGGCAAUGCUCUUGGGGAAGGCGUUAUGAUGCACUUGGGGCCUGUUAGGGUGGUAUUCUAUGCAUUGCUUUGGCAGCACUUGGGGCAUUGCUAUGUGUCGCAAGUUGGUGUCACGUAUCGGAAAUCGCGUGCUCAAGGAGGCCACAACAAGAGGGGAGGGGGGACGCUUUGCCGCGGUAUGAGGGAAAGAGCAAAUGCACGAGUACAGGCAGGGCAAGAGGCGGGUGUAAGCACACAGCCGCCGCACGCAUUUUCACGAAACCGUGUGGUCUUUAGCAACUAGUUGGGGUGUUUGCUUUGCUGGCCCGGGGGUCGCUAGGGUCUCUGAUGCAGUGGGUGGGCUUCUUAUGCUUUCGGUGUAUGAAAGGGCAGCACAUUUUGACAGGGUUGGGGACAGCGUUCGGCUUGUGUUUGUAAGGGAGGCAUUGGUUGGGCUGACACCUAGGAUAAGUUGCUGGUUUAACUUAGCGCCGUUGUUGGGCCCUGAAACGUCGUGGGGUUUGCUGUCUAGCAAUAAAGGCGCGGAAGAGAAAAUUAUCCUCAGAUGCUGACUUGUUAACACGUUCACUGUGUGUCUCGGUGUAGUAUUAUUGGACACCUAGCCGUCAGGCUGUCUGUGAGGGGCUUGUUGGUUGGGUGCGCAGAAUAUACACACUGCCGGAGUUACUUGGGUUAUUAUGCUGUUGGUUUAAGAGGGAGGACGGCGCGUUAAAGAGAGUAAUGCAGAUGCGCGCAGCAUGGUGUUGGGAAAUUUAAGAUCACAGUUCGUCCGUUUGCACGCAACAUGAACGGACGUCCAGAGCGGCGCAGUGGAUUUCGGUUUUGAACGGGUCGGAAUUGGGUACUUAGCGGCAUCUUUGCGUGUUCAAAGAAUCGCACUUCGUAGCGGCAUCUUUGCGUGUUCAAAGAAUCGCGCAUAGUUCUCCCCCAACAUUUAAGCACACGUGUUCUUAUUCGUCGUUGUCCUAGCGCUAUGUGUCGUCGUAUAUGGGUCGUAACAUACGGGGGAUUAUGCCUUUACGCGUGUUCUUGGCAGGGCUGGUAUAAGUGCGGGGGCGAAUGGGGUUGUUGGAAGUUGGCAAAUGCGGGCGGGAUGACGGCAUUACGACGCUGUUUUGCUGCUGGCUGGCACUAGCUAAUGCAGUAGAAUAAGGCGCAGUUCCUCGUAUGUGAUGAAUAUGGGUCGGACAAUUCGAAAGGGGGAGCUUCCUGUUUUGAGCGCUAGCACCUUGCCCCACAAACGCGCGGCCUGGAUAGGUCGCAGUGUUCUGAGGGCUCUCGUCUGGCAGCGCUUGCGCUUGGUGGCGGUGGUGGGGGGGGGGCAGCUGGUAGCCUCGAGGGAUGUGCAUGUUUGUGUGCCGUGCUACUGCAUCUUGUAGUGGAGGGCAUGGAGGGAGAGGGGAGAACGGUGAGGCGGUUGGUAAUCCUAAGAUCAGGCACAUCCCAAAUGGGGAUGCAAUCGCAGGAAGGUUCCUUUGGACCACAUUAGGCUUGAGGUCAGGCGUUUGAUACCAGCAAACGGUGUGUUUAGACCUGAGAGAAUACUAGAGGUUAUUACUUUACCACAACAGGGUCUUCAUAGCUGGGUUCACUGUAUUGAGCCUUUUUUAAGACUGAGCAGUGUUGAUACUUUAGGGGGUUCGAUUGUUAACUGGUGAGGGAGGUUGAGGGUAUUCGAGGGUAAUUCGAGAACUAGAAUCGGGCUGUGGAUGGCCCUGCUACCGGCUGCCCUGUAAUAUCUGUGACAUG